ACGUGCACUGUUUGUGCCAUUUAUAAUACAAUACAUAUGUAUUUUACAGAAAAGCAUUGAAUCCUCCAGAAAUUUCUACUAGUUGUGCGACUGCCCAGUUUGCCGCUAUAAACGUGUACGGUCAUUAAUUGAUCAUCGAAAAGAGGGAGUGAAUUGUUGCAAGUAGUGUGAAAAAUCUUAAUACUUUUAUAAUAGAUACAAUUGUUAAAAAAGUUAUUGACUACUGUUUUUUCUCUAUCUUCAUUUUCAUAAAUUAUAUUUGUGAUUCAAUAUAAACAACGCAAUGUCUACGAAAGCUGAUGAGUUAAAACUGGAUAUCGAGGAAUUUAAUGAAUUACUUAGACGUGCAGGCAGACAAAGAAGCAAAGAUGUACUCAGUCUUGAAAUCAGAAGAUUACAAACAGAAUUAGCAAAAUUGAUUGAAGAAAAUACAUCAUCAUCUAUAAAACCAACCCAUUCUGUAUCAAAUCCUCAAAAAUGUUAUGAAGUUAAGCUUAAUAACUAUGGUUGGGAUCAAACAAAUACAACAAUGAAAUUGUAUGUUACAUUACCAAAUGUACAUCAAUUGCCUAUGGAAGCUGUGACUUGUAAUUUCACUGAGAAGUCUUUGGAUCUCCGUGUUCUUGGAUUGGACAAUAAAAAUUAUAGUUUAACAAUUAACAAUUUGUGUGAAGAAAUUGAUGUAAAUCAAAGUUUUGUUAAAAUAAAAACUGAUAUGGUUGUUGUGUCUCUUGCCAAAAAAGUUGCAAAGAAUUGGUCACAUGUAACAGGAGUAGAAAAAAGGAUUAAGGAAUUAAAAGCAGCUGCAGUUUCAGAUAUGAGUAAUGACAGUGAUGUGGGUGCCUGUUUAAUGAAUUUAAUGAAGAAAAUGUAUCAAGAAGGAGAUGAUGAAAUGAAAAAGACAAUAGCUAAAGAAUGGACAGAAAAAGCAGCUGGACUGCCUAACAUUUUUUAAUUUUAUCUUUACAUAUACCUCAAGUUCAUUAAUAUUCUAAAUUAUUAAUGUACAAAGUAAGUUUAGGUACAAAAACACAAAAUAUAUCGUUUGUAUAUGUUUCUAUCAAAUAACUAUUAAUUUUAUAAAGAGGAUAUAGCUUUAGGCCUACUACAUUUUUCCAAAAGUAAUAUAUUUUUGGUUAAAUAAAGUAUAUUAUGUUAAUUGUGUAGAACUGGGAUAUUUUAUUAUUUGCUGCCAUAAUUUAUUCAUGUUACUAUUGUAUUUAACAAUGGUAAAGUAGGAUAUAUUUUUUAAUUCUGUGUUCAGAUAAUAUCAGUUGCUUUUUAAACAUAUAUCAUUAAUGAUAAUUUUAAUCUCUAUUAAGUGUACAGAGAUUUCUACAGAGAAUAGCAUGCUAUUAUACGUCACUCUUUGCAUACACCUAAAUGACACACGGAUGCAAUGACGUAGAAUAGCAUGCCGUUAGUUGGAUGCAAUAACUGAGGUAACGCUGAAAUCAGUUUCUAUUCGGCCUCGACGUUCGCAUCACCUUAAAAGUGUAUGUAAAUUUUUAAUAUUACAACUUUUUAUUCAUAUUGAGUAACAUGAUUCUGUAAAUUACAGUACAAGAUACGAAAAAAUAAUUAUAAAAAUGGCACUUCAAAAUAAAUUAGUUUGCAUUAAAAAUAUGUAAUUUCUGAUUUCAAAUAUUUACAAAUGCAAAUAUUAUCUAGGCUGUAAAUUACAUAUUUUUCAAUUACGUUCGUUAUCUUAGUAAGCCUUGUUUUAAAAUAUCAUUGUUAAGUUUACAUUUCUACAUAUUUAUGUUCCUAAUAAUGAGAUCAUAGUGUAAUCUCACACAUAGUUUUCUUAUUCAACAUUUUUAAUUUAAAAUCACAAAAAAAUGGAGUAUAAUUUAAUGCAUUCUAUCUAUUACUAUUACUAUUACUAUUAUCCUAAUUUAGCAGUUUAUUAACCAUGGAAAUAGUAUAAUUCUUAGAGGAAAUUAUGUAUGCCAAAGGAAUACAAUACAAUAUUAGACAUUACUUCACUAAUUAAUAUUUAAUUAUAAAUACGAAUUUUAUAGUAGUUUAUGAAUUUUUCCAAAUAAAAACAUUAAAGUCAUGUUCAUAAUUUUGGUUGAAUGUUAUUCACGUUAACAUUGAAUGAAUCAUUUAUGUAGAUAUAAUUUUCAUUAGGCUUAAAAUGUUUUAAAUUAUCAAUAAUACUUACAUUUUACUACAAAUGUAGGAAUGUAAAUAAAUGGAAAUAUUACAAAAAGAUAUAUACAUUGCUUGUCUAUAACUUACCAUCUUUGUAUAUCAAAAUGUAUGAAUGAAUGGAAGCAUGUAAUACAUUUGUAAUAGUAGAUAUACUGUCCGAAAUAAAAUGUGCUUCAUAUAA